CUCCUUUCCCGCCCAUCUUACUGCAUAAACAUUGUUUUUGCAUAUGUAGCACAAUCGUGUCUCUCCAUGAAAAGCCGUGAAGACCUUUCUAGCUGUGAAGGUGUUUUUUGGGCGCUGUGUUGGAGAAGCAGCUUUAUUCAAGGUUGCUAGGGUGUUGAAUUCUGUCUCUUGGGGAGGGACAGCCCUCUGGUGAAUGUGGCAUUUGUGGAUCCCAAACCAGUGUGAGAAUUUCUGAUCGAGAGUCUAGAAAAGUUAUAAUAAAGUCAUUCCACAAUUAAAAAGAAGAGCUGCCCUCCAGGACAUGAAUCCCCAUCCAGAAAAGCAUUCAGCAAACAAGAGCAAUGCUCUGUAGAUUUUUCAAAUUGAUGGUGCUUUCCAAUGGCAACUAAUUUGUUCCAGCCUUGAAGUGAGCAUAAUUAACAGAGACUUUCUUUCUUAGGCCGAUUAACCACCAAAAACCAUGCCAACAUUGUAACUGUAAGCAGUGAAAACCAAUAUUUAUGAGGGGGAUUGUGCAAGAGUUUGCGUGACAGAUGGACAUUUUAUCACUGUUGAUGUUUGGAAUUCCCUUGAACAGUAAUGCAAUAUCUUGUUAUUUAUGAAUGAAUGGACAAACGAUUGUGCUUUGCCGAGUUCUCUUUAAAAAGAGGUCUACUAAAUUAAUCGUUUUCUCUGUCUAGCCUCUAUUACUUUAUGUUAGGUAGGCUCGUAUAUCCUGAUGCAAAAGCUGAAAAUCAUAAUUGUGUUUUUAUUACAGAUACAGAUCCACGUGUUUUAGAAAAACAAGAAUUACAGCAGCCAACCUAUGUUGCCCUCAGUUACAUUAAUAGGUUCAUGACGGACGCUGCCCGCCGAGAGCAGGAGUCCCUCAAGAAGAAGAUCCAGCCGAAGCUCUCGCUGACCUUGUCCAGCUCCGUGACGCGGGGGAAUGUGUCCACGCCACCCCGCCACAGCAGUGGAAGCCUUACUCCCCCUGUGACCCCGCCCAUCACCCCCUCCUCGUCUUUCCGCAGCAGCACCCCAACGGGCAGCGAAUACGAUGAGGAGGAGGUGGACUACGAGGAGUCGGACAGCGACGAGUCCUGGACCACGGAGAGCGCCAUCAGCUCCGAAGCCAUCCUCAGCUCCAUGUGCAUGAACGGAGGGGAAGAGAAGCCUUUUGCCUGCCCAGUUCCUGGAUGUAAAAAGAGAUACAAGAAUGUGAAUGGCAUAAAGUACCAUGCUAAGAAUGGUCACAGAACACAGAUUCGUGUCCGCAAACCUUUCAAAUGUCGUUGUGGUAAGAGUUACAAGACAGCUCAGGGCCUGCGGCACCACACAAUCAAUUUCCAUCCCCCGGUGUCGGCUGAGAUUAUCAGGAAGAUGCAGCAAUAACAUGCUGGUCAUAACUGUGCCAAGAAAUCCUCACCAGCAGUUGCUGAUUUUGAAAACAGCCACCUUUUUUCAGGGGAAGCAUUCAGCAACCCUUUAAAGAAUUAAAUGCAUGCUUUAAAUUUUUUCUGUAAUUUUGGAAUGAUGUAUCUUUGUAGAGUUAAUGAUUUUGUACAUUUGCACAUGUAAUCAUCAUACCCAUUUUCAUUACUUUGAUAUAAGGUGCUAAAAAAAGCUCUAGGUUCUCAGCACAUUUCCCCCAAAACAAAAUAUGGUUGAGGGCAUGUUGCAUAUUAUUCAGUCGUAUCACAGUAAUAUCAGUUGGGGGGAGGAGGGACUGGCACUGAGGUUUGCUUUUUUCCCCCAAUAUUUGUAAUGUGAUUGAGGUUUUUUUCAACACAUCAACUCACUAUGUUCAAAACCAAAACAAUACCUUCAUUAUCAAACUGGUUAUCAUGCCUUACAUAAUGGAGUUAGUAUUUGUGAGUAGAAAGACUUUAGGUAAUGGAAAUAUAAAUUAAGAAAGAAUGUUUAACAUAAUAUGCUAAAAAUAUUUUCAUAUUUAAAUAACAUACAUAAAGGUGUGCUUUUCUGUGUUUUAUAUUAUCUUGCAAGUCCUUUUGCCCUUUAAAAAGCUGAAAAUCUUGCCAUCUGACUUACCAGUUAUUUUAGUGUUAUAAAUGGCAUUUUUGUAUAAGUCUGUUCAGUUCACUCAUUAACACAUUCAUUGAGUGCCCGCUGGGUGCAACGGAUUCAAUUUAUGCCUAUUGAUAUCUGCAGACCAAGAUACCAGUUUAGUGAAAUACGUUUCCCUGAAAUCUGUUAGGAAACACUUUGAAAUACUUACGUGCAAAUUUUGUGUGAAAUUUAGUUCUAUCUUCAUCUUUAGGUGAAGUUUUAAAGCACUUUGUAGUUCUCUAUUGCCAACAGAUUUAAUGUUUUAUGUGUUGCCAAUUCUUACAACCACUGCCCUAACAAACCUGUGGGUUACAAAUAAGAAUUAAAAUUCCAAGCACGGUUCAAAGAAGAACAUUUCUGUUAAGACCCCUACUGCCUCUUCAUUGUGUUUUUAGACAUUUUUUUAAAGGCACUUUUCCUAUCACAUUGGAAAUGUCUGUUUAGCUUUAUAAAACAAUUUGCCGAAAUGAAAUUGAGCCUUAUUGACAAUUAAGUGCUUUCUUGCAGCAGGUGGUCAAAGAAUGACUAAUAUAGGACCCAUUACAGUAACCUACAUCUGGAGCAUUCCUGAAGUUUUCUCACCAACAAUACCAUCAUGCCUUGAGUGUUCUUUUCUCCCAAGUGCUAUUCCUUAAACAUGAGUUUACCAGUUGCCUAAUUAUGCAAUAAAAAUUGCUUUGAGGUGGCCAACUGUUCACAAAACUGGUGAAAAGCAAACUCACACUGCUUAUAAAAUAACUUUCUUCCCAUGUUCCCAUUUGAUGAAAGUCUUAUAGCUGGGAAGCAGGUGUCCCUCCUCAAUUUUUCAGACAUUUUGGAAAGAUGACACAAUUCUGUUAGCCAGAUGAGUAAGCUUAAUAUUCUUAGGCUGUGAAUCCCUCAUAAUGAGGGAUUUUUCAAUAUUGGUAAAGACACUGCCCUUUAAAAAUUUCCUCAGCUCUCUGAAGAGUGGUCUUGGUCCUGAAUAUACAGUGCUAUCCUGUAUGUUCAAAAGUGUGAUCCAGACAGCAAAAGCCAUUAGUUGGUGCAUAAGAAGCCCCUACUUGGCUACUUCAUAUCUACCUAUAAUUGACCAAAUUUUUUAGGCCAUCAGUUAUUUAGCUUCGCUCCUUCUAGUGCAAGAAACUGCAGGCUGGAUCAGUAGUUCAACAGCUAAACAGUCAUUGUGCAUGUUAACAUUUCUUUCAACUAGAAAACAAAUCCCAGUUUCUCCUUGCUUAUCCAUUGUGUCAGUAUUACUAAACAGGUAAGGACGGGAAUAUUUUGUUAUACCGUGUAUAGUGAAUGUAUUGUGUCUGUGAAAACUGUGCUUUAAAUUAUAUUUUCAUAUGUUUUGUUGGGGACAGAGCACAUUAAGUUUGAAAGCGACAGAGAUUUUAGAACUGAAGGCAACUUAAUGAAUCAAAAUCCUGUCAAGUAAAGCUGCUUAUAAAUGUAAAUGAAAUCACAUUUUAAAUAAACUGUCUCUGACCCAAAAUAAA